UGUAUGCAAGCAUUCUGAUUGGCAGAAUGAAUUUUAAACCGAUUGGUGGAUUUGUCUUCAGAAUGCAAGAGGUUCUAAGCUGGGGAAAGUGAUGUCACACUUUGAUGUUUUAUUAGAGUGCUAAGAUCAAAGAGUCACAGCACCUCUCCCAGAGUUCAUAAGCAGACCUCGAGUGAAAAUUCCAACAGAUUGCAACUGUUAUUUCUUUGGUGAAUACAAACUUACAAACUUGUCAGUGAUUUCAAGAAAUCAAGAAUGACUACCAACCAAGAGACUUUUUCAGAAACCUCAGAGUUCGCUGUGAACACUGACAGCUUUGACAGAAUUAAAGCAGAAAAUGAUGCUUUAAAUGAAGAACACGAAGCGCUCCAGAAGGAGCUCCAGCUCCUGCAGGAAAGAACCAGAAGUAAAAUGGUGUUACAGGAAAACUGCGAGGAGCUAAGAAAAUUAAAUGAAGAAAUGAAGGAACAGCAUGCAGCAAUGAAAAGAGAAGUCCAGAGACUCAAAGAUGGGCGUGAGCACGUCGCGAGUUUAGUUGAGUGUUGUAAGGCUAACAAUGAAGCCUACAGCAACAUUCAACAAGAGAAUGAGAUGCUGCAGGAAGAGAUUGAGGAGGUUCAGCAAGCUCUGGAAGAAGUAAAAUCUUUAGUGAGAGAAACAGCCAAUGAUGACAUUAUGAACUCUCUGAGGUCUAAACAUUGGGAUUUGCGCAAGAAGCGGCAAAAUCUCCUUGAAGAAUAUUACAGCUAUCACAGUCGAGGAAGUCUGAGGCUGUUGAACAGCAUAAAAAAAGAAAAUGCCGACUUGGAAGCUCAAAUCAAUGACCUUAAUAUCAGUAUCCAAAUGAGAAGAGAUUUGGAAGAGCUUAAAGCUGAGGAGAAAGCCCUGCAAAAGCAAAGCAGAAAACUCUUAAAAAAACAAGCUGGUCUCUCCAAGCAGAUUGAAAUCGAAGAAGAUUGGAGACAAAAGUAUUUUGUGCUGAGGCAACAGACAGAUGCCAUAAAGCAGAAAAAUGAAGAAGCAGCUCAACAAAUUCAGAUCCUCAAUAAGAAUUUAGAGGAUUUAGCUGCUGUUAAGGUGGCCUAUAAGACUCUGAAAGCAGAGAAGAACAACAUGACGAGUCAACAUACGACUCUGGAGAGGACGAUUGAGGGGCUACGGUCAAAGGUCCAAAAAGAACAAUCUUUGCGGCAAAAAACGGACAAUCUCAGAGCUGAGAUUGAAGCCCUCAGCCUGACAGCUCCCGCUCUGCAGGCCCAAAUCACAGAGCUGCGCAUAAACCUCCAAGGAGAAAGAGUCCUUAACCUGAUGUAUGAGUCAUUGGAGGCUGAAAAAAAGAGCAUUAUUCAGCGCAACAACCUCAUGCAGAGAGAACGGGACAAACUGAUGAAGAAAAUGAAAAAGAAAGGACUCUCAAGGAGAAAUGUCCAGCAAUGAGAGCUGAGACAGAUAACCUCAGAAGGGAACGAGGAGCCCGAAAAAGGGGCUUCCUACAUGGAGUCAGAAAGUAUGUAGCUCUCUGGAUUUACAUUAUAUCUCAAAGAUGAUCUUAAAUUAGCAAUUCAUUAAAAUUAGUUAAGCAACUACCCAACCAGCCUCGGCAGAUGGCUGCCCCUUCCUGAGCCCGGUUCUGCCGGAGGUUUCUUCCUGAAAAGGGAGUUUUUCCUCCCCACUGUCGCCACUUGCUUGCUCAUAAGGGGGUCGUUUGAUUGUUGGGGUUUCUGUAUAAUAUUGUAUGACCUUUACUCAGCAAUAUAAUACAUAUGCCAAGUGAAUUGUUCAGAAUACAGCAAUUCACUGUGUUCUGUCCAAACCUUUGA